AUGACUGUUUCACCAUUUCAAUCAUUGCUUGGCCAUUUUAAUUACCACUCUCCACCUCACAACUCUCAUGGUCACAUCACCCAUGCAAACCCCUCUUUGCCUUUUGCUCAUCCUAAAUGCAGCGAAGAUUCAUGCCUUAUUCUUGUAGAAUUGAUGUCUGGUUUGUAUAAUCAGAUUUCCUCACCUUCAACAGCAAGGGCCAAUUCACCAAACAUAAACAUGAGAAGCAAUUUUGAUGUUGAAAGUCAGUACUUAACGGAGCUCCUAGCAGAACACCAGAAGCUUGGACCUUUCAUGCAAGUCCUACCCUUAUGUACCAGGCUCUUAAAUCAAGAGAUUUUAAGGGUUUCUGGAAAGAAUGGAUUGAUGCAGAACCAAGGGUUUAGUGACUAUGACAGAGUACAGUUCGGAAGCCCCAAACCCAAUCUCAUGCCUUCUUUAGACAUUCAACCAAAUUUUACAGGGUGGAACAGCAUGUCACAUGAAGGGUUAGCUGGAGUUCAGGGACUAAACGUAGAUUGGCAAGCAGCAUCAGGUGUACCAAGCUCUAACAUUGUGAAGAGGAUAUUGCGCUUGGAUAUUGCUAAUGAUAGCUAUCCAAAUUUCAAUUUUGUUGGACGGCUUCUUGGCCCUAGGGGUAAUUCACUGAAGCGAGUGGAGGCUACCACAGGUUGCCGUGUAUUUAUCAGAGGGAAAGGUUCAAUAAAAGAACUCGAUAAGGAAGAGUUGUUAAGGGGAAGGCCAGGCUAUGAGCACUUAAAUGAACCACUGCAUGUUUUGAUUGAGGCUGAAUUACCUGUAAAUAUUGUUGAUAUAAGGCUGAGGCAAGCGCAGGAGAUCAUAGAAGAGCUACUUAAACCCAUGGAUGAGUCACAGGACCUCUACAAAAGGCAACAACUAAGAGAACUUGCUAUGCUGAAUUCCAAUUUUAGAGAAGAGAGUCCUCAACUCAGUGGCAGUCCCUCCACAUUCACCUCCAAUGAAAUGAAACGGGCGAAAACAGACCAGUAG